AUGGGCACUGUCCUGUCACUCUCCCCAAGCUACCGCAAGGGUGCUCUCUGCGAAGAUGGACCAGCCACCGUAGGCCACUACACAGCUGUGGAAAACAGCAAGAACGCAAAGGACAAGAGCCUAAAACGGCAAUCAAUCAUUAGUGUCUUGCCAUGGAAGCGUAUUGCAUCUGUCUCAGCCAAGAGAAAGGGCUCUAAAAAACUUCCCUCGGUAGACAGUCGAGAUGAAGGCAGCGUGGGCAACCUCAACAUUGAGAACUUGAAGAAAUCGCAAUCCUGUGCCAACAUCUCCACCCUCACCCAGGACCCUGUUGUUAGCAUUCUGCCUGUAUCCAAGACCUCAGCCAGUGUGGUGUCAACUGUCAAGAGGACUACGAUCACCACCUCCACAGUACAGGCCAACAAUGCGGGCACCCCCAAGAGAGUGAUUGUACAGGCGUCCACCAGUGAGCUACUGAGGAGCCUGGGUGAGUUCCUGUGCAGGCGCUGCUAUCGGCUGAAGCGGCUGUCGCCAGCAGACCCGGUGCUGUGGCUGCGUAGUGUGGACCGUUCUCUCCUGCUCCAGGGCUGGCAGGACCAGGGGUUCAUCACACCCGCCAAUGUGGUCUUCCUCUACAUGCUAUGUCGUGAUGUCAUUUCAACUGAGGUAAACAGCGAGCGUGAGCUCCAGGCCUCUCUGCUCACUUGCCUUUACCUGUCCUAUUCCUACAUGGGCAAUGAGAUCUCUUACCCACUCAAGCCCUUCCUUGUGGAGGCUGAGAAGGAGGUUUUCUGGGAUCGCUGCCUGGAGAUCAUAAACCUUAUGUGCACCAAGAUGCUGCAGCUCAACUCUGACCCACACUACUUCACACAAGUCUUUGCCGACCUGAAGAACGAGAGCCAGAAGGAGGAGGAGAACCGGCUGUUGAUUAAUGUGGAUUGA